AUGCAGGAAUCAUGUCAAAUAUAUUAUAGUCCCAGCAAUGAUGUCAUUAAUGUAACUAAAAAUGAUAAAAGGUUUUCUUGUUUCGCAUUUCAAGGUAUUAAUAAUGGAAUUUAUAAAACUAAAUUUCAUAGAGGAAAAUAUCGAGUUGAAUUAUGGGGAGCAAGUGCAGGGAAUACAGUUGGUAGAGAGUAUAGCUAUCCCGGUGGAAAAGGCGGAUAUACUAGAGGUGAUAUUGAGUUGAGACAAGAAACAUUUUUUACUUUUUAUGUCGGAACGAAAGGAGGUAACACUGUAGCUGGGUCAUCUACCGUUGGAACUGCGGGAUUCAAUGGAGGAUCUAAAGGCGGAUAUGAUAAUUCAAAUUAUGACAAUCCUACGGCUGGAUCAGGAGGUUCUACAGAUAUGAGAAUUCAAAAAAGUGACGUCACUGAUGCGACAGUUUAUGAUCGAAUAAUGGUUGCGGGAGCUGGUGGAAGCAGUGGCGCUUGGACGUUUGGAGGUCUUGGUGGUCAUGGAGGAGGUGUUAAAGGAACUCCUGGACUUAUUUUCCCAGGACACGCUCUCCAGUAUGUAAAUGGUGGUAAUCAAACGCAUGGCUAUAAAAUACUCCAAGGAGAAAAGGGAUCAGAUGCGGCUGCGGCUGGUGGAAGCGGUGGUGGAGGAUAUUACGGAGGUUUCGGAGGGGUAAUGGGAAAUACUUACUCAACUUCGGGUGGUGGUGGAGGAAGCUCGUUUAUUAGUGGACAUAUUGGAUGUUUCGCAAUGGAUAGUAAUGGGAAAUCAUUGAAAACCAGCAUUCAUCCUUCUGGCUACUUUUUCACUAACACAGUCACAAUCGAAGGAAAUAACUACAUCCCUUCGACUUCCGAUAUUGAUGAAUUUGAAGAAUUUGGACAUGUUGGUGACGGAUUUGUCCGUAUUACUGUAUUAUCUCAAAUAUAUGUUUGUUCAAAACCAAUCACUAAUUUUAAUUGUCUCCAAAUGUUAUUCAUUCUUGAAUUUAUUUUCAUUAGUGAAAAAAAUAUCUUUAAAAUGUAA